AUUUACAAAUAUUCCAAAUAUGUUGCUAUGGCUCCUAUCUCAAUACCCUAUGACAUGACUACUGAUUAGCUACACAUUCAAAGUCCUCCCAGUCUCGCAUCAAACUUCCUGACACAAAAAUGCAGACUUCAAUUCUAUUAAUUUUAUUAUUUAACGUUUUAUUCGUAUUUUGUCGCAACCAUCAGCAUACCGAAAUACCGCAAAUAAUUUCCCAUGGCGUCCAAACACUACAAACGACCCAAACCCUACCCCACAGUCUCACAUCGGCCGUCAAAAACCUAACAAAAAUUCCAGACCCAAAACUGGCAAAUGACAUUUUUUGUCAAAGCUGCGAACUAGUCUUCAACCAAAUUAUCGAAUACAGACGAGGAGGCGCAAAUAAAGACUCAAUGAUUUCAUAUUUCCAAAAACUGUGCCGCCUUUUCACCGACUGGGGGCCCGUAGCGUGUGACGGUUACAUAAAUAUUGAAAUAGACACUGUUCUUUACAUCAUCGACAAUAAAAAAGACUUGACCGGAUUCCGAAUCUGCGCCAUCGCCUUCCAGCAAAAAACGUGCAAAGACCCCAAUUUGAAAAAAUGGUCCGUUGCGAUACCACCCCAGCCCCAGCCCGGGAAUCCCCCGAAAAUUCACCACAAUCACGCAACACCGCUGAAACUCCUCCACUUGACCGACUUCCACUACGACCCGUUGUACCAAGCUGGGAGCAACGCCGCCUGUGAUUUACCCCUCUGUUGCCAACAAUCGAACGGCCCCCCGGUAAAACCCCCAAACGCGGCUGGUUUUUGGGGGGAUUACCGCGUCUGCGACACACCUUGGUAUUCCAUUACCAACCUUACAGCCCAUCUCACGCAAAAUCACGCCACCUUUGAUUUGGUUUACUACACGGGCGAUAUAAUCAGUCACCGGUCUUGGGCCACCACCAAAGACCACAACGUCGAAGCUGUUCAAAAAAUCUUCAAGUUGUUCAAGGACACGUUCAAUGCCACCCCUGUUUAUCCGAUUUUGGGCAACCAUGAGCCGCAUCCGACCGAUUUUUAUUCCCCGGACGGUGUCAGUCCGAAAAUUUCAACGCAGUGGGUGUUUGAUUUAAUGGCGGCCGAGUGGGCACGAUGGUUGCCGAACGACACGAGCGCCACUAUCAAAGCCGGCGGUUACUACACGGUUUUGGUGAAACCCAAGUUCAGGAUUGUGGCGCUCAAUAGCAACGUUUGUUUCAUCAGCAAUUUAUGGUUGUUGUACGACGAUAAUGAUCCCUACGACCAACUCAAAUGGUUGGUACAAGUGUUAACUGAAGCCGAGAAAAACGGUGAAAAAGUACACAUUUUAUCGCACAUUCCUCCAGGCGAAAUUUUGUGUCUCCAACGGUGGUCGAACCAAUUUCACAAAAUAGUCAAUCGAUUUGCGCCAAUCAUAGUGGGCCAAUUCAACGGCCACACCCACUUGGACGAGCUCCGCCUUUUCCGCGAUACCAACAAUACGAGAAAAAUCGUCAAUGUUGCCUACAAUGCGGGCAGUUUUACCACCUUUGUCGGGUACAACCCCAACUAUAGGACGUACGAAAUCGACCAAAAUGACUACAGCGUGCUAGAUUAUGACCACUACACGUUUAACCUAACAAAAGCCAAUCAAGACCGAAAUAAGACCCCUGAUUGGUUCAAACUGUACUCGUUUAAAGAAGCCUACGGUUUGAAAAACACAAGUUACGCCAGUUUGGCCGAUAUGUUAGACCGCAUGGCGAAAAAUCACACAAUGAUGCAACAAUAUUUCAGGUUUCAAGGGCGUGACAGUGCCCCCGCAAUGGCCCCCGGUUGUAAUACCAACUGUGAGGCUAAACUGCGCUGCGCUAUCACCGCAGUUGAAGCCGACCAAGCGAUUCAGUGCCAACAACUUAGGAAAAAACAAAAAAAAUCAAUCAAACACUGAUACUAUUUAUUUUAACUAUUUAUCUAACGGAGUCCAGUCGAACUUGGCACUCGUCAGACUCUCCGUUGGCAAGUGGUCCAAAAGUCGCAUCUAAUAAUAAAUAAAAAAUAGAGAAAAGUAA